GUUAACAAAACAAAUUUUAAAGACGCCUUUUAUUUUAUCAGGCUGCUAAAAGAAACUUUCGCGCCUGAGACACCACAAACGGACAGGCUUGCAGGCGCUAACUGGACGCCUGGAUGUUGGAGUGGGGUUGGUAGCGGUAGUUCGCAGGAAGACAUACAUACAGACGAAAUUCCUGAAGUAUCCGAUGACGUCGUUGCUGAUUUUAACGAGGGAAUGGCGAAAAUAGCUAGACAUUCAAAAAGGGAAGACCUCACGCCACUAACAUUCCAACUGUCCACGACAUGGGAGGAAGCAAUACCGGAUGAAAGAAAAACUUGCAUAGAGAAAGCAACGAAAGCAUGUGAAGUAAUCUGCAGUGUUAUAGCUCCGAAAGACGGCGAAAAACUUUUUCAAGCGAUACACCAGCCUACCGCGAACGAUCUUGAUGAACCAACAGAGGAUCUUAUUGCCUUGAUGUCCGCAUAUCGAGAUGCCAUGACAAAAAAUGUUAAGAUUCAAAUACUCAGCAUCUACGCUUAUCGGUAUACCAUGAAGCUGUUACAGAAAUUCCACGAGCCUUAUGAAAAGAUAAGUUUGAGACAAAUAAAAAGGGCGAGAUCGCAUGCAAGGAAACGAGGGCCGGGGUCAAAUGUCCCGAAAGUAUUCAGCCAUCGAGUACGUCUGGACACAAACAAAGUCGACCACUUUAUAGAUUUUGUAAACCGUCCUUAUUUCUACCAAGACGUCGCCUUUGGAACGCGAACACUGACCUUAGAUGGGGGAGGCAAAAUAACAAUGCCCAACGUAAUCCGGACCGUGACUAGAUCGACCAUGAUUAUGCAGUACCUUCAACAUUGCGAAGAAGAAUCAUUUGAACCGGCUAGCCGCUCAACCCUUUGUCGCAUUCUUGAAGUGAGAGAGGCUUCACAGCAGAAGUCUCUCAGUGGUCUGGACAACAUUGCAGCAGAAGGGGUCGCAUCUUUUGAGCGGCUGUUGAGUAUUCUAGAAGAGCUGAAUCAGGCUGGUGCCGAAAAAAGAAGAGUUACAGAACUGGCAAAGAAAUUGAACGAUGGGAAAAGAUACCUGAAGACGGAGUUUAAAGUGAACUGUUCAGCAGAGGAGAGUGAGUGCGCAGACCACUGCAGAAAAUUUGCGUUAAGCGAUCCAGUUGAUCCAUGCUUCAACCAUCAGUGCUCACACUCACACAAUAUGGUGUGUGAACAAUGCGAACAAUUGAAGGCAACGUUAGACGAGAUGGAAGAAAGUAUAAAGAAACACUCCAGCCAUCUUUACAGCCAAGAACAAAAGCAUGAUCUUCUUUACGAUUUUGAAAGAUCUAAGAACUGCAUUUUUCUUUGGAAAUCUCAUGCCUUACGCUCUGUCAACCAAGAAUCUGCUAAACAAGAAGCCCUCCAAAGUCUUGACAGUCAGUCAGUCCUUGUUGUUAUUGACUGGGCGAUGAAAUUUCUUCAAAUGAAAUACAGAGAAAAACAAAGUGAAUGGUUUGCUAAAAGAGGCCUUAGCUGGCAUAUAAGCAGUGUGAUCUCAAAAGACCAAGAAACGCAGAAAGCUAAGGUCCUAUCGUAUGCCCAUUUAUUAGAUUCGUGUUGUCAAGAUUGGUAUGCGGUGGUAUCUAUUUUAGAAAACCUUUUUCAAAACAUCAAAAUAAAUUUUCCAAAUGUUAAGCAUGCAUUUCUACGUUCUGACGAGGCUGGCUGCUACCAUUGCAAUCACCUAAUAGCAGCAGUCAAAGAUAUUGGAGAUCGAGUGGGAAUUACAGUUGCACGUUAUGAUUUUUCAGAACCCCAGCAAGGAAAGGAUGUUUGUGACAGGGUGCUUUGUCCCAUGAAAGCAGCCAUAAGAAAGUAUUGCGCGGAAGGCCAUGACAUCAUGAACGUAGGAGCAAUGCACGAGGCCCUUAAGGAACGGCCUGUCAAAGGAACGACAGCGGCUGUAUCCAUUUUGGAUGAGUCAUCCAAAAUUCUUGAGGUUCAGAAGAUAAAACAAUUUAGUGAGUUACACAACUUUAGAUACGAAGAGAGUGGGAUAAGAGUGUGGAAAGCUUACGCUGUUGGGGUCGGCAAGCUUAUCCCUUGGCAAUCUUUGUACAUACGGCACCAGGGCUGCACAAAUAUAUCAUUAAUGGAGGGAAAAGGAUUCUUCACCAACACAGAAAUAAGAGACCUUCAUCGCCCAAGAAAGUGUCAAGCAAGGAAAGACAACGUUGAAAUUGAUGAUCAGCCAUCGAUGUUUGUGUGCCCUGAAGAAGGCUGUAAUUGCACUUUUGACUCUUUCUCCGAACUUGAGUUGCAUACAGACGUAGGAAUACAUGAUAACAGGAAGUCGGAAAGUCUUUAUGAUAAAGUACGGAAAAACUGGGCUGAAAAAUUUUCUUCUAUUGAGAACCAGAAGUUAACAAGCAACAAAUCCGCCACUGGUCUGACUGUUAACAGCACAAAUUCUCGUCUAAGUAUCGGAUGGGCUCUUAACAAAGGUAGAACUGGCGGAGUUCGUUUUUCUGAGAACGUGAGACGGUACCUUACAACAAGGUUUGAAAUGGGAGAAAGAACGGGCAAAAAAGCCAAUCCAGAAGAGAUCGAACGUCAAAUGCGCAACGCCAGAAAUGAACGGAAUGAAAGAUUGUUUCAAAGAGAGGAGUGGCUCACCAAGACUCAAAUAAUGGGGUUUUUUUCACGCCUCGCUUCACGGCAGAGAACU